AUUAUACAGAAUUCACCCAAAUUAUAUCAAACAGAAGCUCAUCUCCAUCUUAGCUAGCUAGCUCAUGGUCUCGCCCUUCUCUUUUCUCCAUGAUCUUCUACAUAUGACCAUGCCUAAUAAUCAUCAUCUCUUCCUAAGAUCACCACCCAUCGUCUUGUUCUUCCUCUUCUACUUCUUCUUCUUCUCGGCUCGCUGCGAAGAGGAUCCCCGAUACACACAGUGCAAGCAACCUUUCAACUGUGGUAGCAUCACAAACAUAUCAUACCCUUUCUGGGGAGGACCUAAUCGCUCCCAAGAGUGCGGUCGCUCAGGCUUCGAGCUCACCAACUGCGAAGACGAGACUCAACUUCCUCACAUAAAAAUCGAAGAGUUGGAUUUCCAUGUAUCCAGCAUCAGCAACCAAGAGCUUUUUCACACCAUGACACUAGCUCGCUCCGACCUCUGGGACAGUCCUUGUACUCAGCUCCUCGUCAACACCACUCUAAACUACACCCGGUUCUCUUACGUCCAAACUGUUCGUAACCUCACCUUGUACUACGGCUGCGACCCUCAACAUGACCGAUCCGUCCCCAACAAUUUUACGUGCAAAAUAGAAGGCACAACCAAGGAUAUUUCAUACUACUUGGAUGAUUCUCUAUCAAGGGUGGUUGAUGGUCUGAAUAGAUCCGCAUGUGUUACCAAAAUCCGAGUCCCCAUUUUUUGGGAGGAUUUUGAUGAUAUGCCUGAGAAUGCAACGGCAGAAGUGGAAAAAGUUUUGAGACAAGGGUUUCAAGUUGAGUUUAGUGCGGAUUGGGAUCUCUGUAGGGGAUGCUUGAACUCCAAUGGCACAUGUGUAUCGAACGCCACGACGGAUUCGUUUCUCUGCCUUUGCGGGGAUCAGUUUUACAAUUCUACUUGUCCAUUUGUUCAUGGCACUAAGUUCAACUGGAAAUUGAAGGUUGUGGUAGGUCUUUGUUCGGUUAUUGGAACUACUGCUGCAAUGUGCUUCAUUUUCUUUAUAUGGCGACGCCGCAACAGAAAUCGAUAUGGUCCAUCAUCAUCCUAUGCAUCUCGAAGCAUCUUUUCUAAAAGCUAUUCCAGAAGUGAUACUGAAAAGGGGAGUGCGUACCUUGGAGUUCAUGUCUUCACCUACAAAGAACUUGAACAAGCAACAAACUAUUUCGAUUCAUCAAAAGAACUUGGCGAUGGAGGUUUUGGCACAGUAUACUAUGGAAAAGUCCGUGAUGGACGAUCAGUUGCUGUCAAGCGCCUUUAUGAAACCAAUUACAAGAGAGUUGAGCAGUUCAUGAAUGAAAUUGAGAUUUUGGCUCGCUUACGCCACCAAAACCUUGUUUUACUUUAUGGAUGCACCUCUCGUCAUAGCCGUGAGCUCCUCCUUGUAUACGAAUAUGUUCCUAAUGGAACUCUUGCUGAUCAUCUUCACGGUGGAAAAGCAAAACCAGGUGCACUGCCAUGGCAUACUCGAAUCAACAUUGCCGUAGAAACUGCAAGUGCAUUGUCCUAUCUUCAUGCGUCUGAGAUCAUCCACCGAGAUGUGAAAACCACUAACAUUCUCCUUGACAACAAUUUCUGUGUGAAAGUAGCAGAUUUUGGACUAUCUCGUCUCUUCCCAACGGAUGUCACCCAUAUCUCAACUGCUCCACAAGGAACUCCAGGUUAUGUUGAUCCUGAUUAUAACCAAUGCUACCAGCUUACUACUAAGAGUGAUGUCUACAGCUUCGGGGUGGUCUUGGUUGAACUCAUAUCAUCCUUGCCUGCUGUUGAUAUCACAAGGCAUCGACAGGAGAUCAAUUUAUCAAACAUGGCUAUCAACAAGAUUCAGAAACAUGCAUUAGAUGAGCUUGUGGAUCCAUCCCUGGGGUAUGAAUCAGACUUUAGAGUAAGAAAAAUGAUCAAUGCAGUGGCAGAAUUAGCUUUUCGGUGCCUGCAAAAUGAGACCGACAUGAGACCUUCUAUGAUGGAUGUGGAAAAUGAACUAAAGAGGAUACAGAGUGAUGAUUUUAGUAAAGAAAAGGCAGAGGAAAUUGAAAUUUCAGCUGAUGAUGUUGUACUGCUAAAGAGUGGUCCUCUGGAAGCUUCACCAGAUUCAGUAGAUAGGGUUAGCAUGUCUCCAAAACCAAAUGAUAAAACUGGUUAAAAAUUUCCUUCUAGAUUCAUCUACGAAACCAUUGUCAUUCUCCUUUCAUGUAUUAAACAUGUGAUUUGUUGAAUGAGAUGUAAAUAUUUGUUUAGUUUG